AUGCAGCCAAUUACCGUCUUUGUCUUGCUGCUCUCGAUUGCUGUCCGUCUCUCCCAUCAAUGUUCCGACUCAAGCACAAAGUGUUCGAGCUGGACGCUCAAUGGCUUCUGCUCAUCAAGCUUCUACUCAGCUGCUCAGAAAUCUCAGUAUUGUGCAAAGUCAUGCAAUCUCUGCGGAGCGAUUGGCACUUGCUCGGACACUAGCAGCAAUUGUGCGACUUGGGUUUCAAAUGGUUUCUGCUCGAGCACCGCGUACACCGAUGCGCAAAAAGCGAGCUAUUGUUGUGUGAGCUGCGGAUUGGCUGGUUUAACCACGAGUGUCACUGGGUCCUCAACUGGCGCUACGGGCAGCACCGGCGCCUCGGACACCACCGGCACCACCGGCUCCACCGCAACCGCACCAACGACAACAUCGAAA